GAGAAGAAGGGGAUGGAGAGCAGCUCGUGCGCCGUCUGCCACGGCGACAUGCGACGUAGCCGCAGCAGUGGCGGCGGCGGGCAGGCCAUCUUCACGGCGGAGUGCUCCCACCAGUUCCACUCGCGCUGCGUCUCCGGGUCCGGGAGCGUCGCGCACGGCCGCUUCGUCUGCCCGCUCUGCAGCGCCAGGUGGCGCGAGCUGCCGUCGUUCCGCUCCACGAACCCGUCGCCGCGGCCGCCACCGCCGUCGCCCGCCUUGGCCGUGCCGUCCCAGCCGUUCUUUCGGCCGAUGGAGCCGCGCGUGUUCGACGACGACGACCCGGUGGACCGGGCGCCUCGGCUUUACGGUGACCAGCACCGCGGUGCAAGCGCGGAGGCAUCCAAUGGAGGAUCAGUGGCGCUCACCACGCACUGCGAGUACUCGGAUCUCGCGAGGGACGCGUCCCACGACGAAUUCGCCGUGCUCGUGCACGCCAGGGCUCCAGGUGUCGGGGCUGGCGGCGGCGCGACGGCACCGCGCGCGCCACUCGACCUGGUGACCGUGCUCGACGUGAGCGCCAGCAUGGUGGGGAGCAAGCUGGCGCUGCUGAAGCAGGCCAUGGGGUUUGUCAUCGACAACCUCGGGUCCCGGGACCGCCUCUGCGUCGUGUCCUUUUCCUCCGGCGCGUGCCGCUUGAUGCGGCUGGCGCGCAUGUCGGACGCCGGGAAGGCCCUGGCGAGGCGCGCCGUGGAGUCCCUCACGGCCGGCGGUGGCACCAACAUCGGGGAGGCCCUUCGAAAGGCUGCCAAGGUGCUUGAUGAGCGCAUGUGCAGGAACGCUGUCGCCAGCGUUGUGCUCCUUUCCGACGGGCAGGACACGUACACCGUGCCGAGGCGCGGCGCGCACGGCCGCGACGCCAACUACGACGCUCUCGUGCCGUCCUCCUUCGCGUACACCGGCUCGGGAAGCCGGUCGGCGCCGGUCCACACGUUUGGAUGUGGUACGGACCACGACGCGGCAGCGAUGCACACCAUCGCCGAGGCCACGGGCGGCACGUUCUCGUUCAUAGAGGACGAGGCGGCCAUCCAGGACGCCUUCGCGCAGUGCAUUGGCGGGCUUCUCUCGGUCGCCGUGCAGGAGCUGCGCGUUGACGUCACGUGCAUGGACCAGGGCGUGCGCGUCCGAGUGGUCAAGUCCGGCAGCUUCGAGAGUCACAUCGACGCGGACGGCCGCGCCGCCUACGUCGACGUCGGCGAGCUCUACGCGGACGAGGAGAGGCGCUUCCUGCUGUUCGUGCACGUGCCGAGAGCCCUCGCCGCAGACGACGCCACGCACCUGGUCAGGGUGAGCUGCGCUUACCGUGACACGGCGACCGGACGGGCCAAGAACGUGUGCAGCGAGGACACAGUGGUGCUGAGGCCCGCGCGCGCGGCGACAGCGGAGCGCUCCGUGGAAGUCGAGCGCGAGCGCGUCCGGGUGAAGGCGAUGGACGGCAUCGCCGCGGCCCGGGCGGCGGCGGAGCGGGGCGCGCACGCGGAGGCGGUGGAGAUACUCCGGAGCAGGCAGAGGUCCGUGGCGCGGUCGUCCGCGGCGCGGGCGGGGGACUCCAUGUGCACCGCGCUGGAGCGCGAGUUGCAGGAGAUGCGCGCGCGCGUGGCGGACCGGCGGCGGUACGAGCUAUCGGGGCGCGCGUACGUUCUCGCCGGGCUGAGCUCUCACGCGCAGCAGCGCACCACGUCGCGGCAAAUGGUGUUCAGCGGGCGGACGACGCGGGACGGCGAAUCGGUGGAGCAGCACAGAGUGGCGUUGGCUACAGCGGGCGCCACGACAUCGUACAUGACGCCGGCGAUGCUGGACAUGCUGGACCGAUCGCGGAGGUCGCAGGAGCUGCUGCUGCAGCAACGCCAACAACAGUCGAAGGAGCGGAGAAGAACCUUUUGAGCCUACUAGCCCUGUUUGGCGUAGGGUUUUUAUCGGUAAAUAAAAUUUACCGAAAAUUCAAAUAAAAUAUUGUUGUGUUUAUAUUAACCUUUUUCACUGGUAGAUCCGAUAAACUAGAUAUAUUAGAUAUAUCUGAGCGAAAUUCUUUAUCUUAA